AUGAAGUUAGUCUUUGUUCUGCUUGCCAUCCUGGCAGCCCUGGUGGCUGUGCACGGUGAGACGAAGAGUCCCUCUCCGGCUGCGGCGGGUACCACUACGGUCGUGGGCGCCACGGGAGCCGCUGGGUCGACGGUGCCGGCCGUAGUAAAGGCCGGCAUCCCCAUCAGCGUGGGCAACCUCACCACGACGACCGGCACCACCACCGCCACCGUUCAGGGCGCCACCACUGGCGUGACGAUCACCGGCACGGGCGCCACCGGCGCCUUCGUGGGCCAGCCAACGAUCGUGGGCGCCACCGGGGCGACUGUCUCUGUCGCCAGCCCGGGUGCCGCCAUCGUUGGCGCGGCUGGCGCCAGCCCCGCGGCCUCCGGCGCUGCGGUGAUCUCCCAGGUCAGCCCCUCCGCCGCCGCGUCCGGCGCUGCGGUGAUCUCCCAGGUCAGCGCUUCUCCGGCCGCCUCCGGCGCUGCCGUUGUCACCGUGGUCUCCGCUUCACCCGCUGCCUCUGGCGCCGCAUCCCCUGCGGCCUCCGGUGCUGCGUCCCCGGCGGCCUCUGCCGUUGUCAUCGUGAUCUCUCCUUCCCCUGCGGCCUCUGGCGCGGCGUCUCCCGCCGCUUCCGGUGCUGCGUCCCCUGCGGCCUCUGGCGCGGCUUCUCCCGCCGCUUCCGGGGCUGCCUCUCCCGCCGCUUCCGGGGCUGCGUCCCCUGCAGCCUCUGCCGUUGUCAUCGUGAUCUCUCCUUCCCCUGCGGCCUCUGGCGCGGCGUCUCCUGCGGCUUCCGGGGCUGCGUCCCCUGCGGCCUCUGGCGCGGCUUCUCCCGCGGCUUCCGGGGCUGCGUCCCCUGCGGCCUCUGGCGCGGCUUCUCCCGCGGCUUCCGGGGCUGCGUCCCCUGCGGCCUCGGGCGCAGCUUCUCCAGCGGUAUCGGCCAGCCGCGCUCCCCUCGCGUCGGCCAGCCCGGCCGCUUUGGUCAGCGCAGCCGAUUUAUUCCCGCCUAUGCCCACCUACGGCCAAGAGAACCUCCAGUUCACCUGCCCCAACGCUACGAUGCAGGCGAUGGUGGAGGUGAGCCUCGAGCCGCUGCUGAUCGGUAUCGAUGCCGUGAGCUCGAUCAAGUUCGCUGGCUGCCCGUCCCUGAUGUACGUGGCCACCAAGGCCGGCCAGAUCUUCGAGGUCACCAUCGACAACUCGACCUCCGCCGUCACCCAAGUGCGACUCAUCUUGGACCUGAGCAAUGAAAUCGCCACGCCGUCCACCCAAGCCAGCACCACUGCGGGCGGCGGCGCCAGCGGCGGCGCGUCGGCUUCAUCGAACGCGGCUGACCAGCCGGGCCUGCUGGGCAUGGCGUUCCCUCCCGACUUUGCCGACAGCGGCCUCUUCUACGUCUACUUCUCGGCCUCCUCCGCGGCGGCCGGCGGCGCCAACGCGACGGCCGCACCGUCGUCGGGCGGCGCCAUGUGCGGUAACGAGAGCACUAUGCUCGAUCACGUCAACCGCCUGGCCGAGUACCGUCUCGACCCUUCGUCCGGCAUUGCCAACUUCUCGCGCACGCUCCUGGAGCUGCGCUGGCCCUUCGCCAACGCCAACGGCGACAACUCGCUCGAGUUCGCCCCCGGCUCCCGGCUCCUCUUCCUCGGAGUCGGCGACGGCGGCUCGUCCUUCGACCCCUUCGAGAACGCCCAGAACCCUGAUGUCCUGUUGGGUAAGGUGCUCGUGUUCGAUCUGAGCAGCCUGUCGGCCGACGCCAGCUGCAACCAGACCGCCCUUCGCCUGUCCGAGCUCAACGACCGCUGUCCCGACAUCGCCGCGGCCAUCACCACCUUCGCCACAGGCCUGCACUCACCCGCCGGCUUUGAAUUCCUCAACCCGUCGGCCCAGCUCGAGGCCUCGUCCUGCCCGGGCGGCGCCAACGCGACCAUGGCCGGCGGAGCCAAUGCCACCGCGGCCGGUGCGAAUGCGACCAUGGCCGGUGGUGCCAACGCCACCGCGGCUGGUGGGGCCAACGCCACCGCGGCCGGUGGGGCCAAUGCGACCAUGGCCGGCGGCGCCAAUGCCACGUCUGGCGGAGCCAACGCGACCAUGGCCGGCGGCAUGAACCUCACGCUGAGCGACCUCGCUCCUCGCCUGAUCGCACCCGAUCGGGGACAGAACCGGUACGACGAGAUCAACAUCAUGGAGCAGAUCGGGGCCAACUACGGCUGGGACAUCAUCGAAGGUUGGUCCUGCAUCGACCAGAGCCUCGAGCUUUGCCCGGAAUCAACGAGCGGAAUGGCCAACGCCACUCUGGCAGCGAAUGAGACGGCGGGCGGCGCCAAUGCGACCAUGGCCGGCGGCGCCAAUGCCACUGCCGGUGGAGCUAACGCGACCGCAGCCGGCGGGGCCAACGCGACGAUGGCCGGUGGAGCCAACGCCACCGCAGCUGGCGGGGCCAACGCGACCAUGGCCGGCGGGGCCAACCUGACUGCGACGAACAUGGCCGUGCUACCGGCCGCCGUCAUCCCGCACAACUGCCGCCGGCUCUACAACCCGCAGGCCAUCCUGGGCGGCCGCCUCUACCAGGGCUCGGAGCUCGACCCCAUGCUCCAGGGCGCCUACAUCUUCGGUGCCAUCACCUCCCUUCAGAACGGCAACGAGUCGCUCCCCACCGGCAACGGCGCCCUCUACUUCCUGCGCCCCGAGUCCUUCAGUGGCAAUGCGGUGGCGGACCUGACCAUGUGCCCGGCGGCCGGCGGCGCCAAUGAGACCAUGGCCGGCGGGGCCAACGCGACCGUGGCCGGCGGGGCUAACGCCACUGAGGCCGGCGGCGCCAACGAGACCAUGGCCGGCGGGGCUAACGCCACUGCGGCCGGCGGCGCCAAUGAGACCAUGGCCGGCGGGGCCAAUGCCACUGCGGCCGGCGGGGCCAACGCUACUGCGGCUGGUGGAGCCAACGCGACCAUGGCCGGCGGGGCCAACGCCACCAUGGACGGCAUCACCACCACCGGCUCGGGCGUCAAUACGUCGUUCAUCCCCAACAGCCGCCUGGAGGUGUUCCCGGUCACCAUCAACUACCAGUUCUUCCCCACGCAGCACUUCUUCACGGCCCUGGGCGCGGAUCCGUCGCGCAGCCGACUCUUCUUGGGCGUAAGCUCCACGGAGGGCGCCACCGGCGGCAUCGGCGGCGUGUUCCGGCUCACGCCGUUCAACGAGGGACCGCAAAACCCCGCCAUCAUCUCUGCCACCAACCUCAGGCCCGGUCAAAUCGUGUUCUCGGCCGAGAAUGCCACUGCAAGCGCCAGCCCCUCGGCCGCCGCUAGCCCCUCUCGCUCUGCCUAA